AUGAGCUAUAAAAUGAGCGCAGAAACAGACACAUUAUCACAUUCACCUCCUGAUCAAAGAUGGAUCUGCAAAUCUCACUUUUUCUUCUGUGUAUUCUUUUCACUGCAGGACACUCUCUCAACUGUUAUGACUGCACAAGUCUGACGGGAUCUUGUACCCAGACAAGUCAGUGUUCCACUGGGUUUACCAACUGCUUGAGCGUAGCAGUUACUGUCAACAGUACUACAGUGAAGCUUAAAAGUUGUGCUCCGUCUGUCUGUCCAAGUGGAUCCAUCAACCUCGGCAUUGGAAGAGGCUCUUUUCAGUGCUGUAACACUGAUCUCUGUAACAACCAAGAUGCUCCAGAUCCCACUAGUGCUCCCAAUGGAAAGAAAUGUUACUAUUGUGAUGGGAAUACCUGCUCAAACACAGUGAGCUGUUCAGGGACUGAAGACCGCUGCUUUAAUACAACAGUCCAGUCACAGGUUAUAAAAGGCUGUGUCUCUAAAUCUCAUUGUGAUGUCCUACAACUGAUUCCUGGUUCAGGAAGUAUCUCAUGUUGUGAGGGGAACCUGUGUUACUCAGAGCUUCCUGUUCCUCUGCUGUUCUCUGCUCUCCUUCAUCCUGCUGCAUUGAAUCCAGCAGAUCUUCACAUUCUGCAGCUGCAGAAAAGAUAAAAUGAGUAAAGGUGAUAAAUCGUAACUCAAGUCUACAUGAGCCUCAUGUUAUGAUGUUUUGUUGGUAUACACAGUGUCUUCAGUCAUCUUUCUCAUUGUGCUCUACACAAAUAUAUUUUCUUUGUUUAAAAUAAAACUACUGAUUUAAUCAA